AUGUCUCUUCAAACACCCCGCGUCCUGCCGCAGCACCUCUCCAACUUCCACCCCAACAACCCCGCCGCCGGCACUAUACACACUGUCUCUAUUCUGGGCACCGUGAGCGCGCUUAACGGCGAGCAAGCGAAGAUCACCUGCGGUACCCAUGGAGAUGUGACGCUGAUUCUGACUCCGGAUGAGAACUUGCAGAUGGGGAAGCUUAUCGAAGUUGUGGGGAAAGUGACUGAUGUUGAUGGUGGGGUUGGACUCCGAGUCCUGGAGACAACGGACUGGGGUAACCCGGCGGAUUGUGACUACAAGAUCUAUGAGCAUGUUGUCGAGGCUACCCACCGCUUCAAGACCAUCUUCUACAGUACCGAGUAA